GCCAUUCCCGAGGACACGCUCACCCACGUUUCCCCGAGAACCCCCCACGUUGACGAAUAGAACACCGACCUCACCCUGUAUCCUGUACCGCACCAGAUCCGAGCCCCCCACCUUCAUUGAUCCCCCUUCUCUCUCUCUCUCCAUACCACGAUCUUGACUUCCUCCCCCUCCCCCCCCCUUCUCUCUCUAUCAUCAGCGAGUACCUGACGGAUCGGAUCUCACUCGUCUAUAAAACACACACACUCCGAUCACUGCGCGUCGAAGACCCAGUCAGAUUGGCCUUCUUAGCCCCACCGGUUUUAGAGAAAAUCUUCGGGAUUCAAUUAUUAGGGUUUUUUCUCCUGCAUUCUGAAAUGAAAUUACGAGCCCAGAAUGCUCUCUAUUUCACUCUUUGGAAUUCGAUAAUUUGAUUAGAAACCGCAUUUUGGGAGACAUACGGAUUCUCCGGCGGAAAUGGCAGCUUCGCCCGUCAAGUUCCUCUUCGGGUUCUUGCUAGUUUCCAUCACAUUGUGGCUAAUCUUCAUAUCUGCUUCCAAGUUGUUGGCUUGGGUUUUGAGUCGGAUUGUGGGAGCAUCUGUCAGAUUUCGGAUUGGCGGAUGGAAAUGUUUAAGGGAUGUUGUGGUGAAGUUUGAAAAGGGUGCUGUUGAAUCUGUAUCUGUUGGUGAAAUUAGACUCAGCCUACGUCAGUCCUUGGUCAAACUUGGUGCUGGUUUUAUUUCUCGGGAUCCAAAGCUGCAAGUGUUAAUAUGUGACUUAGAAGUUGUAGUGAGGCAUUCAACUAAAAGCACACAAAAGGCUAAAAUUCGAAGACCCCGCACCUCAGGCCGGGGAAAGUGGAUGGUUGUAGCUAACAUUGCGAGAUAUUUGUCAGUAUCUGUCACUGAUUUCGUUGUAAAGACACCCAAAGCUACUAUUGAAGUUAAGGAAUUGUCAGUGGAUAUAUCUAAAGAUGGUGGAUCCAAGCCAAAUCUGUUCGUUAAGCUGCGUAUAUUACCUAUUUUCGUUUACAUAGGUGAACCACGGGCUAGUUGUGAGCAGUCUUCCACUUUUAACAGUGGAGGAUGCAUUUCUGCAGGCCAGUCAUCCUUUGCCAUGAUUGAUAAGUCGUCUGCCCCUUUUAGCUGUGAAGAAUUCUCUCUAUCUUGUGAAUUUGGUCAUGACAGGGAAGUUGGUGUAAUUAUCAAGAAUUUGGAUAUUACCAGUGGAGAGGUCACUGUGAGCCUAAAUGAGAAGUUUCUUUCAAAAAGCAAGAGAUCAUCGAACACUUCUCAUUCUGAUAAAGUCAUAGAUUCAACUGUUGAUUCUAUGGCUGCUAAAAAGCCACAGGGCAAACAAACUCUAGCAGCACUUUCGAAGUACACUACUAUGUUUCCGGAAAAGGUUUGCUUCAACUUGCCAAAACUGGAUGUGAGGUUUGUGCAUCAUGAGCAUGAUAUUGAUGUUGAGAAUAACAUCAUGGGAAUUCAAUUAAAGAUAAUCAAAUCUCGAUUUAGUGAAGAUGUGGGGGACAGCACACGCCUUGAUGUUCAAAUGGAUUUCAGCGAGAUUCAUCUUCUUAGAGAAGCUGGCACCUCUGUUUUGGAGAUACUUAAAGUUGAUGUUGUCUCAUUUUUGUAUGUGCCGAUACAGCUGAACUCGCCUAUUAGAGCUGAAAUUGAUUUUAAACUUGGAGGUACUCAGUGCAACAUCAUAACGAGUAGACUAAAGCCGUGGUUGCGCCUCCACUACUCGAAAAAGAAAAAAAUGGUGCUUCAGGAGGAGACUCUUGCUCUUGAAAAGUCUCAAUCAAUUGAAUCCAAAGCCGUCAUGUGGACAUGUACUGUCUCAGCCCCUGAGAUGACCAUUGUGCUCUAUAGUGUCAACGGUUUGCCAGUAUAUCAUGGUUGCUCACAAUCAUCACAUGUGUUUGCAAAUAAUAUAUCGAAUAUGGGAACUGCAGUGCACAUGGAACUUGGUGAAAUAAAUUUGCACAUGGCAGAUGAAUAUCAAGAAUGCUUAAAAGAGAGCCUUUUUGGGGUGGAAUCAAAUUCAGGUUCUUUAAUGAACAUAGCAAAGGUUAACUUGGAUUGGGGUAAGAAGGACAUGGAGUCAUCUGAGGAAGAGGAUCCUAGGUCUAAAUUGGUUCUAUCUGUUGAUGUAACUGGUAUGGGUGUAUGUUUAACUUUUAAGCAUGUCGAAUCACUUAUAUUAACUGCCGUAUCCUUUCAAACUCUCUUCAAAAAACUUUCUGCAUCUGGAAAAAGAACAGCACAGAACCGGGUAGGGCGUUCCUCCAAAUCUUCAGGAAAAGGGACGCGACUCUUAAAAUUUAAUCUUGAGCGCUGUUCUGUAAACUUCUGUGGUGACGUGGGUUUGGAAAACACAGUUGUUGUAGAUCCCAAGCGUGUGAAUUAUGGAACACAGGGUGGUCAGGUUGUUAUCAGUGUGUCUGCUGAUGGCACACCACGCUGUGCAAAAGUAAUGCCCACACUAUCAGAAGAAUACAAGAAGUUGAAGUACUCUUUUUCUCUUGAUAUUGUCCAUUUGAGUUUGUGUGUGAACAAGGAGAAACAGUCCACACAGAUGGAACUCGAGAGAGCACGAUCUGUCUAUCAGGAGUAUUUAUUGGAACAUAAGCCUGCCACAAAAGUGACGUUGUUUGACAUUCAAAAUGCCAAAUUUGUACGGCGAUCUGGUGGCCUGAAAGAGAUUGCUGUUUGCUCUCUUUUCAGUGCUACUGAUAUUAUGGUCAGGUGGGAGCCUGAUGUACACCUAUCAUUAAUUGAACUUGUUUUGCAAUUGAAGUGGCUGGUACACAAUCAGAAGCUUCACAGACAUGGCAAUGAAUCUGUGGAAGACGUCCCUGGUGUCAGGGAUAUUGAACAGAAGAAAGAAGCCACUUCAGUAUCAGGAAAUGGUGAUAAGCACAAGAAAAGGGAAUCUAUAUUUGCUAUUGAUGUAGAAAUGUUGCGUAUAUCUGCAGAGGUUGGAGAUGGGGUUGACGCAAUGGUUCAGGUUCAGUCUAUCUUCUCUGAGAAUGCCCGUAUAGGAGUACUUCUUGAAGGGCUUAUGCUUUGUUUCAACGGGUCCAGAGUAUUCAGAAGUAGCCGAAUGCAAAUUUCACGUAUUCCCAGUGCCUCUAUAGAUGCAGACGUACCAGUUGCCACUUCAUGGGAUUGGGUAGUACAAGGCCUUGAUGUUCAUAUUUGCAUGCCAUACAGGUUGCAAUUGCGUGCCAUUGAUGAUGCCAUUGAGGAUAUGUUGCGCGGUUUGAAGCUUAUAACUGCUGCUAAAACUAAUCUAAUUUUUCCCGCUAAGAAAGAAAGCUCAAAAGCUAAAAAGCCUGGUGCAACAAAAUUCGGUAGUGUAAAGUUUUGCAUACGCAAACUAACUGCUGAUAUCGAGGAAGAGCCAAUGCAGGGCUGGCUUGAUGAACACUAUCAGCUGAUGAAGAAUGAGGCUUGUGAGUUAGCUGUCAGGUUAAAAUUUCUCGACAAAUUUAUUUCCAAAGCCAAUCAAUGUCCUAAAACAGCUGAAACAAAUGAUGCUAAUGGAUUAGAGGUUGAUGUGCAAGAUCCUUCAGCUAUUCGCAAAAUGGAAGAAGAAAUUUAUGAACAGUCAUUUCGAUCAUAUUAUCAGACAUGUCAGCGUCUAGCACCGUCUGAAGGUUCAGGUGCCUGUAGGGAAGGGUUUCAGGCUGGUUUUAAGCCUAGCACUGCCAGAACUUCUCUUCUUUCCAUUUCUGCCACAGAUUUAGAUGUAAGCUUGACUAGAAUUGAUGGUGGAGAUGCUGGGAUGAUAGAGGUUUUAAAGAAGCUGGAUCCUGUCUGCCUUGAAAAAAAUAUACCAUUUUCUAAGCUGUACGGGCGAAAAAUUCUCUUGCAUACAGGCUCUCUUGUUGUUCAGCUACGAGAUUACACAUUUCCUCUUUUCUAUGCUACUUCGGGUACAUGUGAAGGUCAUGUUGUUCUAGCACAGCAGGCAACAUGUUUUCAGCCUCAAAUUUAUCAAGAUGUCUUUGUUGGAAGAUGGAGAAAGGUGUGCAUGCUUCGUUCAGCCAGUGGUACUACUCCACCAGUGAAAACAUACUCAGAUUUGCCCAUACAUUUUCAGAAAGGGGAAGUGUCCUUUGGAGUGGGCUAUGAACCAGCUUUUGCUGAUGUAAGCUAUGCUUUUGCUGUGGCACUUCGCAGGGCUAAUCUGAGUGUGCGGAAUGUUGAUUCUUCUGUUUCACAAACUCAGCCACCAAAAAAGGAACGGAGCUUACCGUGGUGGGAUGAUAUGAGAUAUUACAUUCAUGGGAAUAUCACUUUAAUGUUUUCUGAAACCAGAUGGAAUGUCCUUGCAACUACUGAUCCCUACGAAAAGCUUGAUAAACUUCAAAUUAUCUCUAGUUCAAUGGAGAUUCAACAGUCAGAUGGUAAAGUUUAUGUUUCAGCAAAAGAUUUUAAGAUUUUAGUGAGCAGUUUGGAGAGUUUGGCUAGCCGUCGUGGUUUAAAACUUCCUACUGGCAUAUCUUGUCCAUUACUAGAAGCCCCGACCUUCACUCUUGAAGUUAUGAUGUACUGGGAAUGUGAAUCUGGCAAUCCUCUAAAUCAUUAUCUACAUGCAUUUCCCUCUGAAGGCAAGCCUCGGGAAAAAGUUUUUGAUCCCUUCAGAUCAACUUCUCUGUCCCUUCGGUGGAACUUCUCUCUUAGACCCCUUCUUCAAACGUCUGAGAAGCAAUCCCCAUCUUCAACCUUGGAAGAUAGUGCUGGUGUAGACGGAACUGUCUAUGGUCCUCCGCACAAGCUUGAGAAUGUUUCGAUUGUUUCUCCAACAUUGAAUAUCGGUGCUCAUGAUCUAGCAUGGAUAAUAACAUUUUGGAACAUGAAUUAUGUUCCUCCUCACAAAUUGCGUAGCUUUGCUCGCUGGCCCCGUUUUGGAAUUCCAAGAGCUGCUAGAUCUGGGAAUUUAUCACUGGACAAAGUGAUGACAGAAUUUAUGCUCCGAAUAGAUGCUACUCCUACCUGUAUAAAACAUAUGCCAUUAGAUGAUGAUGAUCCAGCCAAAGGACUGACAUUCAAUAUGUCAAAGCUGAGGUAUGAACUUUGUUAUAGUCGAGGUAAGCAAAAAUACACUUUUGAAAGCAAGCGUGAUUCUCUUGAUCUCGUUUACCAAGGUCUUGACCUCCACACGCCUAAGGCAUUUUUGAAUAAAGAUGAUAGCACUAGUGUUGCAAAAGUAGUUCAAAUGACAAGAAAAAGUACCCAAUCUGCAUCCAUGGAUAGAGUUUCCAGUGGGAAUAGUAAUUAUGUGAAUGGUUGCACCGAGAAGCAUCGUGAUGAUGGAUUUCUUUUAUCAUCUGAUUAUUUCACUAUUAGAAAGCAGGCCCCAAAGGCUGAUCCUGCUAGGUUAUUAGCCUGGCAAGAGGCUGGAAGAAGAAAUCUUGAGAUGACUUAUUGGAAAUCUGAGUUUGAAAAUGGGAGUGAGAGUGAUGAGCAUACACGAUCUGACCCAAGUGAUGAUGAUGGGUACAAUGUCGUAAUAGCUGAUAAUUGUCAGCGUGUUUUUGUUUAUGGCCUUAAGCUUUUGUGGACUAUUGAGAACAGAGAUGCUGUAUGGUCCUGGGUUGGUGGUAUAUCCAAAGCAUUUGAACCUCCAAAGCCUUCUCCUUCUCGGCAGUAUGCCCAGAGGAAGUUACUUGAGGAAAACCAGCAAGGUGGUGGAGCUGAAACACACCAAGAUGAUAUGGCUAAGCCCCUUUCUACCAGCCAUGGUGCUAGUUCUCCCCCUCCUCAAAACGCAGAAACAUCAUCAUCAUUACCUUCGCAUUCUCUUAAAAUGGAGAAUUUGUCAGCUGCAGCUGCCGUGAAAAGUGUAAACAUAACUGAUCCUGAGGAGGACGGCACUCGUCAUUUCAUGGUGAAUGUUAUUGAGCCACAGUUCAAUCUUCACUCAGAAGACGCCAAUGGUAGAUUUCUUCUUGCUGCUGUCAGUGGUCGUGUUUUGGCCCGAUCGUUUCAUUCGGUCCUCCAUGUUGGAUAUGAGGUGAUUGAGCAAGCACUUGGUACUGGCAACGUACAGAUUCCUGAAUGUCAACCUGAAAUGAUGUGGAAACGCAUGGAGUUCUCUGUCAUGUUGGAGCAUGUGCAAGCUCAUGUUGCACCAACUGAUGUUGAUCCAGGGGCUGGAUUGCAGUGGCUUCCAAAAAUUCUUAGAAGCUCUCCAAAAGUAAAGCGUACUGGUGCUCUACUCGAGAGAGUUUUUAUGCCUUGUGAUAUGUACUUUCGGUACACAAGGCAUAAAGGUGGGACUCCUGAACUAAAGGUGAAGCCCUUAAAGGAGCUCACUUUCAAUUCUCAUAAUAUAACUGCGACAAUGACAUCUCGGCAGUUUCAAGUUAUGCUGGAUGUGUUGACCAAUCUUCUUUUUGCACGGCUACCCAAGCCUCGAAAAAGUAGUCUAUCGUUUCCUGCUGAAGAUGAUGAAGAUGUUGAAGAGGAGGCAGAUGAGAUGGUUCCUGAUGGUGUUGAAGAGGUGGAACUUGCCAAAAUCAACCUUGAACAGAGGGAACGGGAGCAAAAGUUACUUCUUGAUGACGUUAGGAAAUUGUCCCUUAGGUGUGAUACAUCCAGUGACCCAUAUCCAGAAAACGAAGCCGACUUGUGGAUGAUAACUGGAGGAAGAUCCACCUUAGUCCAAGGACUAAAGAGAGAUCUUGUAAAUGCUCAAAAAGUCAGGAAGGCAGCAUCUGUAUCAUUGAGGAUGGCCAUGCAGAAAGCUGCUCAGCUGCGACUCAUGGAGAAGGAAAAGAACAAAGGCCCCUCUUAUGCCAUGCGUAUUUCUUUGCAAAUUAACAAAGUGGUUUGGAGCAUGCUUGCAGAUGGUAAAUCUUUUGCUGAAGCUGAGCUAAAUGAUAUGAUUUAUGACUUUGAUCGGGAUUACAAAGAUGUCGGUGUUGCUCAGUUCACAACAAAAUAUUUUGUUGUCAGAAACUGCUUGCAUAAAGCCAAAUCUGAUAUGCUUUUAUCUGCAUGGAAUCCUCCGCCUGAGUGGGGAAAAAAGGUCAUGCUUCGCGUAGAUGCAAAGCAGGGAGCUCCAAGGGAAGGAAACUCUCCACUUGAACUUUUCCAGGUGGAGAUAUAUCCCCUUAAGAUCCAUUUAACAGAGGCAAUGUAUAGAAUGAUGUGGGAUUAUUUCUUCCCUGAAGAAGAACAAGAUUCGCAGCGACGGCAGGAAGUGUGGAAGGUUUCAACGACUGCUGGUUCAAAACGUGUAAAGAAAGGCUUAUUAAUCCAUGAAGCUUCAGCGUCAAGCAGUCAUUCAACAAAAGAGUCCGAGACCACUUCUAAAACAACUGCUGCUGCCUCUGUUACAAAUCAACACUCUGUCCAUGCUGAUUCUGCUCAAGCUUCAAAGUUGCAAAACCCAAAAGCAAACACUGCUAGUGGUUCAACCCCGGAGCUAAGAAGAACAUCAUCUUUUGAUAGAACAUGGGAGGAAAAUGUUGCAGAAUCCGUUGCUAAUGAACUUGUCUUACACAGCAUCUCUUCCUCAAAAAGUGAGCCGCUUGGUUCUAUUGACCAAGUAGAUGAAUCCUCAAAAAAUAAGUUGAAAGAGUCUAAAGCUAUCAAAUCUGGUCGGGCCUCUCACGAAGAAAAAAAGGUAGCAAAGUCUCAUGAAGAAAAAAGAUCCAGACCUCGAAAAAUGAUGGAGUUUCAUAAUAUCAAGAUAAGCCAGGUUGAGUUGUUGGUUACUUAUGAAGGAUCAAGGUUUGUCGUGAAUGAUCUGAAGUUGCUGAUGGAUACAUUUCACCGUGUUGAAUUCACUGGAACUUGGCGGAGACUGUUCUCGCGAGUUAAGAAGCAUAUAAUCUGGGGAGUCCUGAAGUCUGUCACAGGAAUGCAGGGUAAAAAGUUCAAAGACAAAGCGCACAGUCAAAGGGACACUAGCGGAAAUGGUGUUCCUGAAAGUGACCUGAAUUUCAGUGACAAUGAAGGCGGCCAGGCAGGGAACUCUGAUCAGUAUCCAAUUUCCUGGCUUAAGCGUCCAAGUGAUGGAGCAGGUGACGGAUUUGUUACUUCCAUCAGGGGCCUUUUCAAUACUCAGCGUCGCAAGGCCAAGGCAUUUGUGCUGCGGACUAUGAGGGGUGAAGCAGAGAAUGAUUUUCAAGGUGAUUGGAGUGAAAGUGAUGUAGAAUUUUCUCCUUUUGCUCGGCAGCUCACUAUAACAAAAGCUAAGAGGCUUAUUAGGCGGCAUACAAAGAAGUUCCGCUCGAGGGGACAAAAAGGUUCAUCCUCCCAACAGAGAGAAUCACUUCCGUCGUCACCAAGGGAGACCACUCCGUUUGAGAGUGAUUAUUCCAGUGGAUCCUCCCCUUAUGAGGAUUUUCAUGAAUAGAAUUAUCUCUUUUUAUCCAGUCGGGAUAUUCCAUAUUCCUUUAUGGAGCACACAUCAGAAGCCCCUCAGUCCCUUGUUUGUUAAGGGGUAAAGGAACAGGGUGGUUACCUGCUUUACUUAGUGAGCACCCUCUCGAUGAAGAGCUUGAGAGAUUCAUUUUCCCGCUCAUCUUUGAAUAAAACACAAUAUGGGGGAUACCUCGAAUGGAGGAGAUCAAUAUAUGCCUAAAAGGGCUAUGAGUAUAUGAGUAGAUCAUACCUUCCGUGGUGCUUGACUACAAGGACCUGAGUUGAACUCACCUGCUAGCUCUGGCCUUAAAAAUUAAAAAUCCUUUUGGCUCAAGGGAGGAAACUAAUCCCUUUGCCUCAAAAGGGUUGUCUUUUUGUAUAUUGUUGUAGCUCGAGUAUGGGAAUAUAGUCUCUAAAUUUUGAGUUGCCAGAAUUUUGUUAUUCUGUACAUACAUAAUAUAUAUAUAUAUAUAUAUAUUUGCCAAUAGAAAUAAAGUUAUAUUGCCUCUUCUGACU